UCGAAACGAUACUUUCUGUGAAUAGCAACAUUGUUUGGUUUGAAGCAUCAUGUCAGCUGAACCAUUCUUGUCGUUACCUUCAAUCGCGUGAUCAGCGUUGAGAGAUUGGAUGAGCGUUCGAUUCCUGCAAACGCAGCCAUUCGAAAGAAAGGAUCUUCCGAUAAAAGUGUGAAACCAAACGUCGGUUACAUGUAUUACAAACUUGUGCUCAUUUAUUUCCCACGUAGUAAACUUGGAAUCAAUGUGAAGUCGUAUCAAAAUGUGGUAUAUGUGGAAUCAACUGACAAUACAUGGGGCUCGACUACUCGUCGUUUCUUGUAUCUCGGAGAUGCCAUUUUGAGAAUUGAUGACACUGAAAUUCUAGAUCUUCCAACAACUCAAAAUGCCCUUCGUACCGGGUUCUCGAAAAACGGUGUGGUAACAAUUAUUGUGGAGAGAGCUGUUCAUCAAGAGUCCUACGCUUUCGUUCGAUCUGUUAUGGGCUUCAGUAAAGUUCUUGAUCCAAUGCUUCCACAAGAUGUCAUUCAAACUUGCACAGCACGUUUGGCGUAUCACAACAAACAUGGAUUCGCUGAACCAACACCAAUUUUCAAGGGAUAUACAAAAGACUACAGCUCAGCUGGGCGGGUUUCAGUGACCAAUACUGUCGAGAUCAAAAGUAUUCGUACUGAACAAUUAAAUCCGGAAAUACUUCAAAACGUUCCUGAUUUUUCGAAUCCAGAGAAUAAGUGAACUCGUAGAAUUUAGAUUUGAAAUGAAGUAAAUCAUUUGCUAACAGCG